AAUAGGUGAGUGGGCGGAACCACGCCUCCCCGAAGGCCCCAGAACACAGCUGGGAGCACAGCUCCCUGGAUGGCCAUGGAGCGUCCUGUGAGAGUGAGGACUUGGGUGGCGGAGAACCGGGCCUCCUUCCUGCCCCCGGUCUGCAACAAGCUCCUGCAUAAGGAGCAGCUCAAAGUCAUGUUCAUCGGGGGCCCCAACAUCAGAAAGGACUACCACAUCGAGGAGGGCGAGGAGGUGUUUUACCAGCUGGAGGGCGACAUGGUUCUCCAAGUCCUGGAGCAAGGGAAACACCGGGAUGUGGUCAUUCGGCAGGGAGAGAUAUUCCUCCUGCCCGCUAGGAUCCCCCACUCUCCGCAGAGGUUUGCCAACACUGUGGGUCUGGUGAUUGAGCGGAGGCGGCUGAAAACCGAGCUAGAUGGGCUCAGGUACUACAUGGGAGACACCACAGAUGUCCUGUUUGAGAAGUGGUUCUACUGCGAGGACCUCGGCACACAGCUGGCCCCCAUCAUUCAGGAGUUCUUCAGCUCUGAGCAGCACAGAACAGGAAAGCCCAACCCUGACCAGCUGCUCAAGGAAACGCCGUUCCCGCUGAGCACACGAUCCGUCACGGAGCCUAUGCCCCUGGAGGCCUGGUUGGAUAGCCACCGCAGGGAGCUACAGGGGGGCACACCCCUCAGUCUCUUUGGGGACACCUAUGAGACUCAGGUGAUCGUCUAUGGACAAGGCAGCAGCAAAAGCCCGAGACAGGAUGUGGACGUGUGGCUCUGGCAGCUGGAGGGCUCCUCCACGGUGACCGUGGGGGGACAGCACCUGAGCCUGACCCCUGAUGAAAGCCUCCUGGUGCCCAGCGGGACUGAGUAUGCCUGGGAGCGAGGGCAAGGCUCCGUGGCCCUGGCUGUGACCCAGGACCCUGCCCGCAAGAAGCCCCUGGGGUAAUUCUCUCAAGCAGCCACAGCGCCACCCCUGCCGAACAGCUACUUUCCCAGCCCCCGCUCCUUCCAGGUGCACUGCUGCUCAGUGACUCCGCGCCCCUGCCAGGCCCUGGACGUCCUCGUUGUCACCCAUUCUCCUCCCAUCCCCUGGCGCCAGGCUCCUGUGGGGCCAGUCACUCCCUCCUGUCCCCACAGGCUCAGUCCAGCACUUGUCUGCCCCCAAGAAGGCCCUCAAUAAAGGCUUCCUGGUGGA